AUGGCCGAAGAGCCAGAGGCAGACCUCGGGGCUGGGGAGGGUGCAGUGGAGCCUGCGGUGGAGAUGCCGGGCUGGGAGGCUCCAGAGGACACAGACCCCCAGCCUGGAAGUUAUGAAAUCAGACACUACGGACCAGCCAAGUGGGUCAGCACUUGUGUGGAGUCUAUGGACUGGGAUUCAGCCAUCCAGACUGGCUUUACAAAACUGAAUGACUACAUUCAAGGCAAAAAUGAGAAAGAGAUGAAAAUGAGGCUGACGGCUCCAGUGACAAGCUACGUGGAGCCCGGCUCAAGUCCUUUUAGUGAGUCUACCAUUACCAUUUCCCUGUAUGUCCCCUCUGAGCUGCAAUCGGAUCCACCCAGGCCUUCAGAGUCAGAUGUCUUCAUUGAAGACAGAGCUGGGAUGACUGUGUUUGUAAGGUCUUUUGAUGGAUUCUCCAGUGGCCAAAAGAAUCAAGAACAGCUUUUGACAUUAGCAAACAUUUUGAGGGAAGAAGGGAAAGUUUUCAAUGAAAAGGUCUUUUACACUGCUGGCUACAGCAGUCCUUUCCAGUUACUUGAGAGAAAUAAUGAAGUGUGGCUGAUUCAGAAAAAUGAGCCCUCUGAAGAAAACGAGUAA